AUGCCCGAGGAUUUAUUUAGGAUACAACGCAAUUGUCUGCGCCUAAUGGGCCACCAAGACAUCUAUGAUAAAAAUGUUGUGCCUGGAGAAGAGCAAAAAUCAAAAGAUUGCUUUGGCCAAUGCCAAACAAUAAAGUAUGUAAUUUUGUUGUUGGUGAUGAUAUCGGCACAAUUGCCAAUGAUGGAUUAUAUUAUUUAUCAUAUCGACGAUUUGGCACUGGCCACGGCCAGUCUCAGCAUUGUCUUCACCAAUGUGCUAACAGUCAUCAAGACGUCAACUUUUCUGGCUUACAAGCGUGAAUUCAAACAGCUAAUGACGGAGUUUGAGCUGAUGUACGACGAAUUGCACGAAGUGGGCGCCAAACAGUUUCUGGUGAAGGCCAACGUUGGAGCGAAACGAUUUGUCCAAUUGUAUUUCUAUAGCGUUUCGUGCACUGGUUUGUACUUUUCCAUAAAUCCGCUGGUUAGCAUGAUUUGGGCCAAAUUGCAGAGUAAGCCGCUGGUGCUGGAACUGCCCAUGCCUAUGAGAUUCCCUUUCGAUUUCGAGUCCACACCAGGCUAUCAAUUCGCCUAUGCCUACACGAUUCUCAUCACUUUUAUGGUGGUGAUGCAUGCCACAUCAGUGGAUGGCAUCUUUGUUUCGUUCACCAACAAUCUGCGUAGUCACUUUCAGGCUUUGCAGUAUUUCAUAGAAACAAAUACGUUCGACAAAUCGGAUGCCCUCCUGCAGCAGGAGCUUCGCGUCUACGUUCAGUAUCAUACGCGGCUGCUGGCGCUCUCCGAAAACGUACAACGCAUAUUUAAACCCAUAAUUUUUGGACAAUUCCUGAUGACGUCGUUGCAAGUGUGCGUCAUCAUUUAUCAGCUGGUUACCCACAUGGGCGUUUUCAUGGAUAUGGUCGUCUACUGCACAUUUCUAAGCUCUAUUUUACUACAAUUGCUGAUUUACUGUUAUGGCGCUGAGUUUCUCAAAAUUGAGAGUUCGGCUGUCGGUACGGCUGUUCAAAUGUCGCAAUGGUAUAAUUUACCGCCUCGCCAUCGUCAUGUCUUGCGGCUGAUUUUGUUACGUUCGCAGCGUGAGAUCAUCAUUAGGGCGGGCUUCUAUGAGGCAUCAUUGGCCAAUUUCAUGAGUAUUUUGAAAGCCGCCAUGUCGUACAUCACUUUCAUACAAUCCAUUGAGUAGAGUGAGCCAUAAAGCAGUUUUCAAGCGAUUGCGGAGUGCAAAAGCAGAGCAAGGACUCAAACUCUAAGCUGUGCAUCGUACGAUCUUUUUAUUUAUUAAAGUUUUCACGAAUCUUUUUGUAGUAUUUGUUACACUUUAUAAUGUCAAUGCAACAUAAUCGUACA